UACCCAUAGUUAAGUUUUUUUUUCUCCAACCAUGGUUAAGUUAAUUGUCUCCCCCUUUAUAAUAAGCUAUAGAUAGAGCAAAAACAGAAGACGAAAAUAUUACAGGUUUAUCAAAGAGCAGAGAAAUUCAAAGGUACCUUUAAAAAUGGCAUUCUACUUGGAUGAAGAAGAAGUGUGGAAAUGUCCAAAACACCCCUCGAAGCGACGGAGGAACGGAGUUUGUCCUGUUUGUCUCAAGGACCGUCUCGUCAUUCUCUGCCCUGACUGUGCUAACGUACGCCCCUGUGCUUGCUACGCCUCUGCAACGUCGUCUUCUUCCUCCGCUUCUUCUUCGUUUUCUCUCUUUUCCGCAUCGUCCGGUCGUAGUGGCGGCGGCGGCGGUUGCGAGGGAGUAUGCUCAGGCGCACGAGUCUCCAAUCUCAUAGAUAGUGAACCGUCUUUCCAGAGAUCGAGAUCCGUCGGAAUUCCAUUCCUCCGAUCAUCACGAGACAAAAAUUCCGUCGACAGAAAAAAUCAGCAGAUUUGUAACAACAGUAGUAAGAUGAAUAAAACGCCGUCGUUUUGGUCGGUUUUCAAGUUGAGUAAGAGUAAGAGAUAUGGAGAUUCAGAGAGUGAUGAAUUGAAACCGAAAGCGAAAGCGAAUAUUCAUCAUGAAAAUAUUAACGAAUUUACUGAUGGUAGAAUUGAGGAUUUUGCGAGGAUGAUGAAGAGAUCACGAUCAAUGAGUGUAGUGAUUACGUCAGUUCCCGGCGCCGGCGAUGGCAAUAAGUCGCCGGCGAAGUCGAAAGGAUGGCAUUUUCCAAGUCCAAUGAAAGUUUUCCGGCAAUCUAAGGCUUCGAAAUUGGCUUACGAACGGUCGCCUUUGUGCAGAGGUUGAGUUUUCGGUUUUAUUUACUCUUUUUUUGAGUGUAUUUUUUAAUGAUCAGAAAAUUACUAAGACAGUAUUGUAAUUUCCAUGAAGGAGGAAGUAAAUAACAAAAUUAGUUUCAUUUCUGUGAGAGUAGGAAACAAUAAUUGUAGUAAAGUUGAGUAAAUCUCCAUUGUACAUGUCUUCUACUACUUUGUUUCAUUUAAUAUUGAAUCCAAUUUUACGUA